AUGGAACAUCAAUUUUUUCAAAGGAUCCCUAGUUUACAGAUUAUCAUAUGUCGUUGCUGCAAAUAUGGUGUGCACCCCAAGGAGGUAGCCGCGCAUCUGCGGGUUAAGCAUUCCAUCAAGCCCCAGGAGUGUACGCAGGUGGCCGAGGCAAUCCAGCAGUGGGAUAAUGUGAUGCAGGAACCCCACGCUGUCCAGAUCCCCCGGAUGCUGCAGAAUCCAUUACCCGGGAUUGAACUGUACAUGAACGGCAUGCAGUGCCAGCAGGACCCUGAACAUUGCCAGUACAUCACCACCCAUAUCAAAAGUAUGCGGAAACACUGGCAGCAGGUCCAUGGAUGGACCCAGCAUCGCCAUAGCGGGUUUGUCAGUCGCCAGGAGCGGGAACAGGGCAUGGCUAGUUUCCAGCAGUCAUUCCGCAUGGUAGCAUGGCAGCAGGUAUUCCCAUCGCGGAAGAACUCCCAUUUAGUGCAUAUUCGAUCCUGCGACCCCGAGCCCGUGGAACCACCCACCCCCAGCUUAGG